UUAGGUCGUGUGCGAAAAAUAAACUUACUGACACACUGGUAUCGUGUUGGGUAUUACAGCCGCAUAUGCUUGAAUCACUGAAAUAGCGACAAGAACGAGGAUAAGCGCGCGCAACAUUGUGAAAUUGGCCAACAGCAAAAGUCGUCCAACGGUCGUCUCGCUCGCAAGACCUGCUUGCUUGGAGGUAUUGAUUAAAUGUGCGUGCGGACACACUAUGGAGGGAUUCCUCAAGGGCUCGGAGACCAGCUCGUAAAGUAAGCAAGGAACAUGAGCUGUUCGCACACAACAUGCUUAUAUGACAGAGGCGAAAAAAGGAACCAGUUUGGAAAUCAAUUGAUGGUUCAAAAAAAGGCGAUGAACGCUGAUGGACGACAGCGGAGACCGUGGAGCUUCACAGGAGCUUCAUGCGCAUGGAGGAAGAUAAACAUCAGACCACCGGCACAACAUUCUCAUACGCCGCAUUUCUCUCGCAUCUCUUCGUAAUGAUCAUAUUCCUGUUCUCAUUCCUGCGUAUCUCACCGGUAGCUGCUAGCUACUCAUUCAACACAUCUCUCAAUUGUCAAAGGGUUGACAAGAAACACAGCCUAUACCGUAUAGCAUAUCGCAGUGCUCCAGAGUGCUCCUCGAGUGAUAAAAGAGUCACACCCCUUCCGUAUGGCCCGUAUACGUACAUUCAACCCAACCGCUCGAGAAAAUUCCGAAAUUUGAAUGCCCUUCUUCACCUUUAUCUUCACCCCAUUUUGCAUGAGGGGUUAACGGAUGAUUCCACACCAAUUUUGGUGGUUCAAGCUUUUACAAACAUACACUACAUAGCUUGUUUCGGUCUAGUCUGUACGCGAAACAUGUAUUUGGCUUGGCACGAGAGAGAAAUACGCGACUAAAGCAGCGACCUGGCCUGUUCUGACCAGCUUUUGACUUAC